AUGCUUGGCCAGCACUUGUCGGUUCUUCUCGCUCGAUCCAUGGACCAGACAAGAAUAGGGAGCUGGGGCUGGUCUGGUCACCCCCACUCGGUCUGCCCUGUCCAGCCUCUCACACGGACAGGACCCUACUUUGCGCAGGCGAGUACCGGGUCCGGCCAGGGCCCUAGCAGAGUGAUCCACAAGCCAUCGAGACCUUCACAGGGCCGAUCAGGGCACAUCAAACCACCCUCAGCUCGGAUUUCGUGCCGAGCAGGUGCAACAACGCCAGAGGAAGUACAAGUACGGUACUUGCAGUUGCAGAACGGACCAGACCAGACCAGACCAGACCAGACCAGCGCUGACAAGAGAAGCCUGCAGCUGGCGCCGCGGCAGACAGCCAAAUAUUGGGCAUCGUCCGCUCGGGACGAUGCGAAAAGGACCUUGCACUCGCGGGAGGAAGUCAUGCAGAAGUGCGUGACGAUUGUGCAAGAAAGCAAUGCAAGUCUUGUCAUGGUCAUCGUCGUCGUCAGCAAGAGCAAGAGUCCACCCGUUGAGCUGCAAGCCGGACAUCCCCCGGCGCAGCAGUGCCGUCGCGCAGAGCGAGAGGCUCACCGCCGGAACGCAGCUGGGUCUCUUUUUUCCUUUUCCCCGAUGCUUUGCUUCGUGUCUCUAACCCACAGCCCUAAAACAUCUCCACCCGAGACAAGUGCCCGCACCGGCCGCAUCUCGCAUCAGGGCUGUUUCAGCGCGGCCCCCUUGCACGCUUUGGGCGAGCUGGUGCGCUGCUUCGGUUGCCAAGAGCUGCCUCCAGAUGCCUGGUUUGCGUGUCUUCGCCUCUCCUCUGGUCAGUGCGCUCAGCUUCAGAGCGACGGAGAUCAGACGGCAUGCGUGCUCUGCGACCGGUCUUUCUGCUUCUCGUUACCUCAUCACUCGCACCGACUCUGCCAGUCGCAACCCGAGGACGUCGGGGGGAAUGGCACCUCGAUUGACCAAUCGCGGAGCCCUGCCCGGCCUGUCGCCCUUGGAUCGGCACUAGGAAGCGUAGGGCUUCGACGACAGCCGACACGACAGCCAGCCCUCCAGUCCUCAGAUCCCUGGAUCCCUGGGCUCCCUCGCCUCCCUCGCUCGCCCAUGCCUGCAGCUCGCAUGAAGCAAGGGCUUCGAGAGAGACGCUCGAUCCUGUCAUGUCUUCAUGCCUUGGCCCCCUCAGCACCUGCGAUGCCUCUUCGGCUCGUCCAUCUGCCGCCUGGGCCCUGCUUGUUUCUCCUCCCAAUCGCGGGGGGAAGCAAGGGAGUCUACCAUGGCGACAGACUUCCGCAUGGCGUUCGAGAAGGAGAUCAGCGCGGAUGGGAACGUCGCAAGGCCAGAGGCGACUCACGAGAGCAAACCGAGGCGGGUGUCGAUGAACGUGCCGCCCACGCCGCCGGCCAAGGAGUUGAAGACAUUCCCACCACUACGGACAACCCCCCCGAGAUUGGUCACCAGGGAACCGCCAAGGCCGAUGACCAGCUCGUCCAAGAGGCUGUCGUUCUCGUCAAUGUCGUCAAAUCGGAGGCCAAUCAACCUAGUGACGAGGAUGACGAUCCACUGAACUGGCCCCUGUGGAAGAAGGAACUUAAUUUCGGUGCGCUGCUGUUCAUGGUGGCACUUGUCAGUGUCAUGAAGACAGCCUUUAUCACAGUCAACAGCCAGUUGGCCAUGGGCUACAUGGUCUCAUACACCGCUGUCGCAGCCCUGACCGGCGUGCCUUUGAUGGUGUCGGCCUUCACCGGCAUGCUGAGCCUCAUCACUUCCAGGAUAUGGGGCAAGAGGCCAGUGUACCUGGUCUCGGUCCUUUUCAUCUUUGUCGGUGCCGUAUGGUGCACCUUUACCGCACGGAGCUAUGCGCAGUGCAUGGCGGCGAGGGUAUUUCAGGGCCUCGGAUGGGGCGCCUUUGAUACGCUCGUCCUCGGCUCAAUUCAUGACACUUACUUUGUGAGUCCCGCCACCAGAUCAAAAGCCUCUUCACCACCCAGCCUGCUGACCAGCUUCCAGGAGCAUGAACGUGGUCUCCGUGUGGCCAUCUACAGCAUCGUGUCAGUAUCUACGACGUGGGGCGCUCCUCUGCUUGGCGGUGUCGCCUCGCGGACCCCAGCCGGUUUCACAGUGCAGUACCAGGUCAUCAACAGCUUCCUCGCCGUGGCCGUGCCUCUUAUGGCCCUCGGUGCGCCUGAGACCAACUACGACCGCAUCUUCAGCAUGAUCCAGACCCCGGCGUCGGCAUGGUCCCUCAAGCAGCUGCCCCCAAGGCCGCGGGGUUCCGUCAGCGUCGAGGCCGUCAAGGAGUAUGUCAAGGGCAUGAAGCCCUACUCGUACGAGGGCCCCUCUCUGGGCGUCAACAUCCUGCUGCAAGCGCCCCGCGCGGCUGUUGCCCCGACCACGCUCAUGCUCUUCCUCGUCUCCUUCCUCCCCCUCUCUGCCCUGUGGGGCCUCUCCUCCUCCCUGAGCCUCCUCUUCUCCCCCAUGCCCUUCAUGCUCUCCACCUCGUCUCUCGGCGCCCUCUCCACGGCACCGUGGCUCAUGUCCACCGCGGCCGUCGCCGUCUUCGCCCUCCUGCCUGUCUGGCACACGCGCUUCGUCCCCAAAUUCAACUUCGCCGCCCUCGCCGGCGGCGCCGCCCUGUCCUUCAUGGGCAUCCUCGUCUUCGGCCUCUACGUCGAGCGCCGCAUGAGCGCGCCCUCGGGCGGUGUGUCGGCCUUUGCGCCGGACGGCGUGGGGCGGUCCGUGAGCUUCCCGGCCGUCAGCUUCGCGCUCGGCCUGCUGGCGGCGGGCGUCUACGUACUCGACGCGACGGCCCGGCCCAUGGUGCGCCGCUCGACGCAGUUCACGUCGUCCAACGUCGCCGCCGCGCUCCGGCACACGGGCGACAUGGAGGCCGGGCUCGCGGCGUGGCGCGCCCUGGCCGCGGGCGUCUUCGUCGUCGCGCUGCCCAACGCCGUGUGGGCCUGGGAGGGCCUCCGGGCGACGGCCAUCGGCGUGGCGGCGGCCGAGGCGGGCGUCGCGCUCGCGGCGGCGGGCGUGUGGUGGUUCUACGACGAGAACGUGCGGCGGCUGGACGGGUGGGUCAUGGGGUGCGUCGACCUGGAUCUGCUCAAGAGGUCCGGGAGCUUCUUCGAUAUGGAUUGA